GUAAGGGAAGCUCAGUCAGCUGUCACAAUCUGCAAAGCGAGAAGAGGGAUCACAGGCGAAGAGAAACACACAACAAGAGCUAAAAUGUCUAGUUUUUCCAACAAGUUUAGCGAAUACACGAUGACUCAACUCAACGAAAUACUGGAAGACGACGAAAAACUCACCAGUAUGAUACAGGAGAUGGAUGAGAUGCAGGAAGUCCAGGAGAGCAAAGAGAAGACACUGGCCAACAACCGAACCUUGGCAGAGCAAAACCUCGCCCUACAGCCCAAACUGGAGCAAAAGAAAGAGGAGCUCACCAAGCGCUACAGCUGUCUUCAGGAGAACUUCGAGUCCUAUCAGCUUCGCAAAUCCACCCUAGACCACAAGUCAGGAAACACCUCCCUGGACAUUUUGCUGGCCCUGCUGCAGGCGGAGGGAGCCAAAAUAGAAGAGGAGACAGAGAAUAUGGCUGAUUCGUUCCUGGAUGGCGACAUGACCCUGGAUUCCUUCAUUGAUACUUAUCAGAACAACAGAAAGCUGGCCCACUUGCGAAGGGUGAAGAUUGAGAAGCUGCAGGAGAUGGUGCUGAAUGGUCAGCGGCUGCCCCAGGGGUCAGUCCCUACCUCCCGAUCUCAGGACGUGUCUGCAGCAGCCAGAGCCGCCUCCUCCUCCCACCUCACUGAGGCUGGCAGCAGCUCUUCUCCUGUAGCCCAGCCAAGGAGGAAACCCCCACUCCCUCCAUCCCAGCCAGCUCCAGUUCUAAAUCCAGCUCCAACUGCUGCCCCCCAGCCUCCUGCCUUCUUCUCAGCAUCGCCCUACCCGCCGAUUCCUCCCAGAACAGGCCAACCCUUCCCCAGUGUCUCCUCCGGCUACCCCAGCCACUUCCUCUCUCAGUACCCCCCAGCCUUGCCUCAGAGGCCCCCACCACGUCUGGCCCCGCAGCCUGGCUUCAUCAUGCAGUAAAUAAAGCCAGUUGCCACUCAGAGGACGCAGUGCGUGUCGUGGACUUCUCACUACUGCGACUCUUCUGAGAACUAUUUUUCUACGUCGUCUGCCUUCUUGGAAUACGACCAAUCACAACACAAGAAAGCAGACCUGCGCUGGCUGGUCUGGUCACGUUCAGCCGAAGCAGAUCUCCAAUAAUCUCUGUGGAUUCGCUCUCACAUCUCACUCCCAUCAACACUCCCAAACAAAAAAUGAUCGAGAUCGGCCUCGCCAGCCCGAGUCAGUGGAAGGGCCCACUGCAGGCUGCUGUGGGUCACUGGGCGGGGACUUGUCAUUUAUCAGCACUUUGUGUCUCCUGGCAGCGCUCUGAGCUCUGCGCGCCCAUUAGUUUUCAGUCUCUCACCUCCCCUCAAACAUGUUCCUCAAACUUUUAAUGGAACACUAAAGUCGCUCAGAAAAGGGUUUGAUUAGUCAUCUCCAUCUGCAGCAUACUAAUUUACUGAUAAUGUAUAUGCAAGCAAAGAGAGACCCUAAUUACUGUGCAGUAGUCCCAGAAUAUAUUCAGGUGAAACUGCAUCUAUGCUGUGAUUUUUUUAUAUAUAUAUGUAUAUCUAAAAAUUCACAAGGUACAUAGAAAUAUUCAAGUGUCAACAUCUUUUUAUGAUAUAGUACUAAUGGAGUUACAUUAAUGAUAGCCAGGAUAGACUGAUUAACAUGUGUCAAGGAGGGCUUCGGUUGGUAUAAAUCCUCUUCACUAUGCGUAUGUGUCUCAAGAGAGGCCAGACCUGCCUGGUUCAAGAUGGCUGACUGUUGUAUUUGGUGGUCCAUCUCAGGGCAGAAGUCAAAAGGGAGCUGAAGGAGAAGAGUAGUGGCUGAACUUUUGUAACAAAUGACUAGGCCUGUUGAGCCUCGCCUGAAAUGAAGGAUUUAUGUAUAGCCAUACAGUACACUUCUGGUGCGUGUUGUUUCCUGUGGGUUCCUGUUGUAAUGCAACACUUCUUUUUAUAAUGUCCUUUGUCUUAAACACCCUCAGUUUGAGAUUGCAGACAAUGCCAACAGUUCUUUGGAUCUCAUAGGCCUGUUCAGUUUUCUGUCACACUGAGCACCAAAGACUUCCCUCAUCACUCUGUUCAGACUUUUUCGGUAGUCUUUUUUUUAAUGUGAGUGAAACAUUUAGUCGUUCCCUACAUAUCUGUUUGUGAUGUUGAGCUCAAACACUCUUUUGUAAAAACAUGCAAGCGAGAUUUCUUCAAGAAGGCCUUGCAAGGUCAAACGGGCUUUGGGAGAAAACUUUUUCUUUGUGGUGUGAUAGAAAUUUUUUUCCUCCCAACUGCUGUCGCUGUGCACUGUUCAAGAGCCACGAGUGCCUACACUUGAAGUGACGUUGAACGCGUCCUGCUGACUACUCCAUGUUUCUCUAUGCUCGGCUGUUGAAGUUAGAACCCCCCACCCCAGAACCCUUCAAAGAACAAACUGGCCAAGCCAAUUUGGUCUGCUCCUCCUGCUACUGAUGUUCCACCAGAUGGUAGGAAAAGGCAGCGUCUGACUGUUGACUGUCAGGCUUUGCUUUCUCACUGGAAGCAGAAGGCCAGAGUAGAGCGAUUCUGAACAUGUGCCAGAGAGACAAGAGACGCCCUCAGGCUGUGUGCCUAGUGGUGCUUGUGCUUCUCCUCCAUUCUUCCUCUGUUGUAUUGAGGUUUGCCUGGGGUGAAUUCAGAGAUUUUUGCAUGUGUUGUUGCUGUUUUGUUUUUUUUUAAAUUGGUGAAAUAACAGGGCUCCGUUUUGCGUCAUAUCUGGACGAUAACACUUCACCUCAAGGCAAAGAAGUGGACCACAAAAUGGACAAAACAUACUUGUCAGCAGGCAGAAGUACAGAAAUAGCUGAAGCUAAAACAUCAACAUCACAAUGAACCAGCAUUUCUAACAACUAACAUUGGAUAAUUCUUUUGUGCAUGGCCUUUGCUCUUUGUGUCCAGUCUGAAGAUUCCUCUUUACUACUUCUCUUUUUUGUUUGUUUAGCUGUUGAGCUGCUUUUUACGUUUCAACUGAUCCUCUCUCCAUGGUUUUAUAUGUGGUUGGUGAUAUUUUCAGUGUAAUGUUGUAGGUAUUUACUUAUAAUGAAUGUUUAAGUGGAAUUUAAUGCUAUUUUCAAGUUAAAUAAAUUUCAAUUUUUUGUA